UAAAUAGAUGAAUAAGUAUAUAUAACCCUUCUUUGAUAACUUCAUUUGUCAUUGGCACUAGAAACAUUUUCUUACAAGUAUUUUGUAUUUUGAGAACAAAGAACGUUUAUAAACAUGAACACAUCAAUGAUUGCUUCAUUUUUGGUUUUGUUGUUGGCUUUUCCUUAUGUAUUUGCAACUGAUUACACUGUUGGUGAUGCUAAUCAAUGGACUCAAGGGGUUGAUUACACGACAUGGACUUCUGGAAAAACAUUCAAAGUUGGUGAUAAUUUAGUGUUCAAAUAUGGAGGAACUCAUCAAGUGAAUGAAGUUGAUGAGAGUGAUUACAAAAGUUGCAGUUCAAGCAACACCAUAAAGAACUAUGCAGAUGGAGAUUCAAAGGUUCCAUUAACAAAAACAGGAAAGAUUUACUUCAUAUGUCCAACACCAGGUCAUUGUACUGCUGGAAUGAAACUUGAAGUCAAUGUUGUUGCUGCUAGCACCACCCCAACUCCUAGUGGCACCCCUCCAACAACCAAAACUCCUACUCCUUCAACAACACCAUCAACCACUCCAUCAACCCCAUCUUCUGAGACUAACUCAACUUCUCCACCACCACCAAAGGAUAGUGGAGCUAUCGGUGUUUCUAAUGGUGUUGGUAUUUUGAUGGGAUCUUUGUUUUUGGUUUUGGGUUUCAUGGGCUAGGGAAGAGACGGUGCAAUGAUUGUUAUUGAUCAUUUUAAUUUUAUGUGUUAUUGGUUUUUGUUGAAUUUAUACAACACAUUAUUGUUAUUCAUCAUUCAUUAAAAUUUCUCAUGGAUUCUCCUUA